GCUUAGCCCGACUGUCCAAACAUGUAUACGGCCUAUCCUCAAUGGAAAACACUAAUUAACUGCUGCUUUACGUUAGCUCUUAAAUGUGGCAACAUAAGGUUAAUUUAAUGGGUGAAGACGCCUCUAUUUCACGUCGACGUUGGCAGCUAAAGUAGAGGUGGGCAGGAUGGGGGAGCGGGCCGUCAGCAGCCCUGUGGCUGCCAUCUCUCCAGUGCAGCAGAUGCUGGCUUCUGGCACUGGAGCCCUCCUCACAUCUGUUUUUGUCACACCGCUGGACGUUGUGAAGAUCAGGCUGCAGGCUCAGCAGACGCCGUUCCACCAAGCUUUAGCCUGUGAAUCAGCUCCAUGGGCUGGCGUCAUCCGCCCUUCCAAGUGGAAAUGUUUCCUGUAUUGUAAUGGACUGAUGGAUCACAUCUAUGUGUGUCAGAAUGGAACUAGUUGCACCAGCUGGUACAAAACACCAACACAUUUCAGUGGGACACUUGACGCUUUUGUGAAAAUCACUCGACAUGAAGGUCUCAGGUCUUUGUGGAGCGGCCUGCCACCAACACUGGUUAUGGCUGUACCUGCCACCGUCAUUUACUUCACCUGCUACGACCAGCUGCGGGACUUCCUGAGGUUUGGUCUUGGUUUCCAGGGCAGCCACAUCCCUCUUGUCGCCGGGGGUUUGGCCAGAUUGGGCGCUGUGACACUGAUCAGCCCUCUGGAGCUGGUCAGGACGAAGAUGCAGUCCCGUCGCCUGUCCUACAGCGAGCUGCGGGUGUGCAUCCGCUCUGCUGUGGCGCAGGAUGGCCUGCUGUCGCUGUGGAGGGGCUGGGGACCCACCGUUCUCAGAGACGUACCCUUCUCUGCUUUGUACUGGUUUAACUAUGAACUGGUGAAGGCCCAUCUCUGUGAGCAGUCCCGAAUGACUCAGGCCAACUUCUCCAUCAGCUUUACUGCAGGAGCCGUCUCAGGAGCUAUUGCUGCAAUCCUGACGCUGCCUUUCGACGUGGUGAAGACUCGGAGACAGAUCCAGCUGGGGGAGACAGACACUCUGGGAGUUUCCUUGAAGAGAACCACAUCAACAUGGCACAUGAUGAAGGAAAUAUGGGCUGAGUUGGGGUACAGGGGCCUUUUUGCAGGUUUCAUGCCCAGGGUGAUCAAAGUGGCCCCAGCCUGCGCUAUCAUGAUUAGCACAUACGAGUUUGGAAAGGCCUUCUUCCAAAAGAUGAACCUUGAUCGAGAGUGACCUGCCUCCUGAAGGCUGGCUGUGUGACGCUGGGUGUUUCACUUGGCAGGAGCUUGUUCACUAAAGAACAUGCAGACAUUAUUUUCCAAACUGUUGAGACAAAGUCUACUCAAACGGGAGCUGGAUUUGGUUUUGUGUGAAGAGAAAAGGUGAGGAUUUGCCCACAUGUCCUUGCGAAUCCACCCUCUUGACAUACAGACUAUGAUAAGACAUCCUUGAACUUAAGACUGAGCUGUCGGACUACAAACUCUGUGUGUGUUUAUUAUUUUAUUAAACUGUUACCAGGUAUCUUAUAAACAGGAUAUGUUUUCAACGCUUAAGGGAUUCGACUUGUACCAGAUUACACUGUCAUGGAUCACACCUGUGUGCACAUUUUCAAACGAUAAGCACUGUCCUUGAUGAAGACGCUGAGCUCACUCACCCACGGUGCAGCAGAGUGGUUGACGGUAUAAUGCUUGGUUGACAUUCUUAAGGGCUGCAGGGGCAUGAUUCAGAGGAAAAUGUUCUCAUUCUCUAAAUUUGCAUUGCCUGAGACCAACUGCAUGGUAUGUAUAACUUAAUUCAAUGCAGAUUCCAGACGAACUAGUCCACCCUGCAUUGGCACUACUGCGUUACCCUGCUCUCCUGUAGCAGUAAAGCAUGAGAUCUCAGUAGAUGAUUGACAAAUCUGUUUUGUAUGCUGGACAGAUUUGAUUGUUUGUAGCACUUUAAACUUGGCUGUGAAAUGGAAUCACAAGACUAGCUUCAGGCUUUUGUGUUUGUUGAGUGCAUACCUCUUUUUCUGUUCCCGUAACUGGAGGAAAAUCACAUGAUACAAAACACAAGGCCUGAUGCAAAAAUUAAAGCGAGCCCUCUUGGAAGAUGUGGUUUCAUUGGUGCAUGGAGUUUAGCAUUUAUUGCAAUAAUUAUAUUACAAGAUUACAAAUGAGAAAACCACUGCAGUCAGCUUCCCAGAAGUCAUGCAGAGUUUCUUAAGUUUUGCCAAGACUUUUCAGGUUAUGGGUAGAGGAAAUCAUAAAACACUUUACAAUCUCAUGGGACUCUGGUGAUAUAAUGCCUACAAUAAACAUGACGUCAAAAUUUGUUGCAUCACUGGAUCAUAAAGCAAAAUAUUGCAGCCUUAACCUAAAGAUUUUAAAUGUGUCUUUUGAAUUUUUUUUAUAUGAAUGAAAUGGUAAUAAAUGUUAAGACUGCU